UUCUGUUGUGGUCUAGAAUUCAUGCAUACUUAAUUAUAUCUUAUAGUUCAGUUGUCCUUAAGCUCUCUCGGUUUUCUUUAAUGUUUUUUGAGAAAUAUUUUUUCUGGUUUAAUCUGGUUUUCAACGGCGUUUCUAUCAGUGAUCAACUGAUGGCAGCCUGAUAAGAUGCAUCGAUAACUUCCUCAGAACACGUUCUGCUUGGACGUCAAAGAAGGAGAGCAGGACUUCAGGUAGCAGUUUUAAUUUUUAGGGAAUCAUGUUGUAUAAAAUAUAGGCUACGAAAAAUCUGAAACUAACUUCUAUAAUAGAAGUUAUGUAGGAAAAAACAUAGUGAUGUAAACAUAAUUAGGCAUUCCGGGUUCAAAUAUAUGCUUAGUGAAAAUUGAUUUGUGCAAAUAUUUCACAGUAAAGCUCUCCUACGAACAAAUGAACAUGAGGACAUGUCAAGGAAAAGAAUGAAGAUUCCUUGAUUGCUGUUCAUAUAACAUAGACCUCUCAAUCAAUUGUAAAAUAUAACAACCCACUUUACAAUUUGCAUCUGGAACAAUGGACGGAGUAAAAGUAGGUUUAGGGAUUUGGGACUACACGAUGUUCAGCUUAAUGCUAAUAAUAUCAGCUGCUAUUGGUGUCUACUUUCGGUUCAGUGGGAACAAGCAAAAGACCACAGAUGAGUAUCUUCUGGCGGGCAAAGACAUGCCCAUUCUCCCAGUGGCAUUCUCCAUCAUGGCUUCAUUCAUGUCUGCUACCACAAUUAUUGGUACUCCCAUGGAAGUUUAUUACUUUGGUAUACAGUUGGCUUACGUUUGCGUAUCAUACAUCAUUGGAAUGACAAUAUCUGCGUAUACUACUCUUCCAGUGUAUUUUGAAAUGGGCGCUUCAACAAUUUAUGAGUAUGCUGAAAGAAGAUUUGGAAAACUCACACGAACAUUAACAUCUACAUCAUUUAUUAUACAAAUGAUUCUGUUUAUGUCUGUUGUUCUAUAUGCUCCGGCAUUGGCAUUGAGUGCUGUGACUAAUAUGUCUAUGUGGGUGUCUAUAGUUUCAGUUGGAGUUGUCUGUACAUUUUACUGCACUAUAGGUGGAAUGAAGGCUGUCUUGUGGACAGAUGUGUUCCAAAGUUUUCUCAUGUUCUUUGGAGUAAUUGCGGUGUUAAUUAAAGGUUCCAUUGAUGUCGGAAUCGAAGAUGCGUUUCAAAUAGCUAAAGAUGGCGGAAGAUUAGCAGCUCCAUCGUUUGAACUAAGUUUCUAUAAACGAUAUACUGCAUGGAAUAUUCUAGCUCAAGGUGUUAUCAUGGCUAUCUCAGGAUUCAGUGCAAAUCAAGUGCAAGUGCAAAGGCUGCUGACACUAAAGAACAUUAAGCGUUCUAGGUGGGCUUUAUAUUUGAGCAUUCCAAUAUCAAUUGCUUUAUACUUGUUGAUUUGCUUCGUGGGUGUAGUACUGUAUGCUUAUUUUUCAAAAUGUGAUCCAUUGUCACCACCAAACAAUCCAAUUUACAAAGGAGACCAAUUAUUGCCUUAUUUCAUGAUGAUUAGUCUUACAAACUAUCCUGGAUUGGCUGGUAUAUGUAUUUGUGGAAUAUUUAGUGCUUCUUUAAGCACUGUAUCUUCUUGUGUGAAUUCCCUUACGGCAGUAACAAUGCAGGAUUUGAUACGGCCUUUUCUGUUAUCUAAGGGCUUAUCGGAAAUAAAACUAUCAAUAAUAGCUCAAAUAAUAACAUUUUUCUAUGGUUUUCUCUGCAUCGCUUUAACGUUUGUGUUUGCCUCAUUUGGAAGUUUGGUACUACUUAGCGUCACAAUAUUUGGAUGUCUUGGAGGACCUGUACUGGGGGUGUUUCUCUUGGGCAUGUUUACUACUCGAAGUAAUGAAAAAGGUGUUAUUAUUGGUUUUUUGAUUGGAAUCGGAAUUUCAGCAUGGAUAGGAUUCGGUAUUGUUGCUCACGCCACCAAACCAGAUGCACUUCCAGUUUCCAUAGAAGGCUGCCCUAAAGUUAAUUCUUCCGUAAUGAUCAAUUUUCUGAAUGCAACAGAAUACGCUGAUAGUAGCAGCAACCAUUUGAAUCAUAUUCAUAGUUUUGAAAAUGAAACAGAUGUAAAAGUGGAAAAUGAUAAUCCUGAGUAUAUAUUUCCGUUGUAUAGAAUUUCGUUCAUGUGGACUGCUGGAAUAGGUUUCGUUCUUACUUAUAUCGUUGGAUACUUUUCAAGCAUCAUUAUAAACAUCAUUAAUGGUAAAACAAAAUAUGUAUCACCUGAAUUGCUCAGUCCUGCAGUAAAGUGGUUCAUUCACAAAUCCCCAGAUGUUUUAGAGAAAAAAGAAGUAAAAUUUCCGGCAAAAGUUGAACUUCAAACAGUUUACAGAAAAACUAAAGAUAGUGAAACAAUGAGAAAAGCCAAAGAAAGUACAUCGAAAUAAAUUUUAGAAAUUAAAAAAAAUAUUAACAUCUUAUUUUAUAUUAUACAGUUAUUCAUCUCUUGAAAAACAUGUUCAAAUGUAUUUUAAGCAAUUACAUUAUCAUGGAACAAAAAGAUGUUAAAUUAUUUUUGUAUUCACUACUCAUCAAUAUACAAAUCUGUACAUUUUAAUAAAAUUGGACUUUUUUUUUAACAAA